CAGCUUUUGGUUUGAGAACCGAACCGGAGUCGGGUUCUAAAAGACUGCUUCGAACUUUCGAUGAAGCCAAAACUAAUCAUCGGUCCAAUAAUCCGAAACUGAAUAUCUCAUCUCUUUGCUUCAAAGAUUUAUCCUUUUAGACUUUUACUACUCGAAGUUGGAGAUUUCCUUGGAUAAUCAAAGUUUCAUCCGGUCGCUGAGAAAGCUCAUAACCUCUUAGCUCAUGGAGUCUCUAUCCCUUCCCAUUCUAAAUCCUCUGCUAGCUUCUGGUUCUAAUGUUUACAGAAAACAGAGCUCGAGGAUGAUCUCUUCAAUGGCACCUUCACUUAAUUUCGCCGUAGGAAGCACAUCUCUGUCCACUGUUCGUCGCUCUAGAGUAAGUGUUGUUAAGAUGCAAGCGGUUGAUGAAGAUAUUGAUCUCAAGCAAAUGAGAGACAUGGCUGCUGCUAAAAAGCGUUGGGAUGGUUUGUUAAGGGAAGGAAAGGUGAAGCUUCUGACGCCAAGAGAAGCAGGCUAUGCUAUUCAGCUUUCAAACAAACCUCUACUCGAUGUCCGUCCCUCUAGCGAGCGCAACAAGGCAUGGGUUAAAGGCUCAGACUGGGUUCCUAUCUUCGACAAUGAAAACAACCUUGACGCAGGAACUCUUUCCAAAAAGGUCACCAGUUUUGCUAUGGGUGGAUGGUGGAGUGGUGCACCUACGUUAUCUUUCAAUAAGCUCUUCUUGCCAAAAGUUGAGGAGAAAUUCCCAAAAGAAACAGAGCUGAUCGUUGCUUGCCAAAAAGGAUUGAGAUCCUUAGCUGCUUGUGAGCUACUAUACAAUGCUGGGUAUCAGAAUAUUUUCUGGGUGCAAGGCGGUUUAGAGUCAGCUGGAGAAGAGGAUCUAGUCACAGAAGGUUCUCAGCCAUUGAAGCUUGCUGGGAUUGGGGGUUUUUCAGAGUUCCUCGGUUGGACAGACCAGCAAAGAGCUCAAGCUGCCAAAGAAGGUUGGGGGUACCGUUUAGUAUUUACUGCUCGUCUGUUUGGAGUUAUUCUGGCUGCAGAUGCCUUGUUCCUUGGUGCUCAGCAACUUGGUCAUUAUAUUCAGGAGUUAAGAGGCCACUAGGAUUUCUCUGUAACCAAAUCUCCAAGUGGUUAUACUGCUCUUAAACAAAUGAAAAAAAAAACUGUAAAUUUAUGUUGAAGAUUGUAGUUUUUGAGGUAGAGUAGUUGAACUUGAGAUGGUGAAAAAAGAACAUGUUUAAAUUAUGGAAAAUCCUCAAUUUCUGUUGACCAAAUUUUUUAAAAAUUUAUGAAUGUGAAGAGAGUUUC